CCAUAGACCAUGGGCCCAUUUGAGCUCAUCACCGAUGCUAGCAAUCUGGCCGUGGGCGCAGUAAUGUUACAAGACUUUGGCGAAGGCCUCCAGCCCAUCGCCUAUGAGUUACGGAAGCUGAACCUAGCCGAGAAAAAUUAUCCUGUCCACGACAAAGAGUUACUCGCCAUCGUUCACGCUUUCAAAGUCUGGCGCUGCUACUUGACGAGCGCUGACGUGACACUCAGAACCGACCACAAGUUGCUACAUUUCAUCCGCGCCCAACCGACACUGAAUCCCCGACAGAUUCGCUGGCUCGACUACCUCGAUCACUACGGCACCGACAAAAUCGCCAAAUUGCUGAGCCGUAACUAUUACUGGCCCGACAUGCCGACAGACGUGCAACAGUACGUCAUCUCCUGCGCCACGUGUCAACGCAUGAAGUCUUCCUGGCUUCGACCCCCGGGAUUGCUGCAGCCGCUCAAGCCACCCAACCGACCCUGGCAACAAGUGACGAUGGAUUUCGUCACUGGCCUGCUCGCUGGUCCAAGUGGUAACGACGCAAUCCUCGUCGUCGUUGACCGGUUGACCAAAAUGGCCCACUUCGCCGCCUGCAAAACGACAAUUACUGACAAGUAGACAGCGAAACUAUUCCUGACGAA